AUGUACAGCAAUCGCGACGAGGCUUUCGGCCAAGUCUACACGCCUGCACACGAAAACCCAUCAACAUAUUGUUCGGUCUGUCGUGUCUACACACUCGUCGCCCGGGCUCGUCUGUCCUCCUGUUCACUUGGGGCCGGCCAAGUGAUUCUCCUUCGGACGCCGUACGGAAUGUCGUCGGCCGGACGAGCGGGAUGGAGGAGAUUUGAGCAGACCGACCAAACGGGACUCAAGACGACACUCUGUCGAUUGUGGGUUUUGUUGCCUGGCUCCUCUUCUGUCUGUCGAUGGCCACUUUCUCUUGCUUCCCUCGACCGGAUGAGCAUUGCCCAUUUAGGCCGACAUCUGCAAGCCGGACAAGUAUGCUUUGUUUUUUCUCCAGCGCAAUCUCUUUUCUACGAUUACUGCAACCUCGUCCGUCUGGAGUCAUCUCGUGAGUUGACUCAGGCUGCAGUUAAAGUUGUCUGCCUUUUCAACAAUCCACACACACACACACACACACACACAAUUGUGUCUGUACGUGUGUGUCGGUGUGCUAAAGGGCAUGUGUGGUGA